AUGUUCGAACAAUCAUCAGCUACCUCAUUCACGUCAUAUUCUGUUCCAAUAGCCAGGGAAGGGUCCAUCAUGGACCUGUGCGACGGCGUAUGUAUGGUGUGCGGAGAUCGAUCAGCAGGGAAACAUUACGGAGUGAUGGCAUGUUACGGCUGUAAGGGAUUUUUUCGGCGAACAAUACGUAGCGGACAGAAUUAUUCGUGUCGUUUUCAACAGAAAUGCAGCAUCGAUAAAGAUCAGCGAAAUGCAUGCCGAUUCUGCAGAUUUCAGCGAUGUUUGAAUGUUGGCAUGGAGCCAGAUGCCAUACGACCGGAUCGCGACAUCAUCGGUAAGCAGAAGAAUCCACGUCGUAAGAAGUUGAAACGUGAAGACAGCUCUCUACCAUCACCAGGCAGUGAUUCGCCAUCACCACAUGAAGACGUGCUAGUCACAUUUCUCGUUGACGUCGAACUACAAUCAAUGGGCGGUCCUGCAGCUCGCACGCCUCUCCCCAUUGGGAUUCAACGAAUCAAAUCCGAGCCGGACAUGGACAUCAGCUCACUGUUCAACAACCGUUUUGCAUUCGAACAAGAGGCUUAUGAGAUGGGUUAUAGCUUGGAACGUGUGGCAUCCGUGGAACAGUUAGCGUCAGCACUGCGACGAUACCUCUUCGCUACGGUUCACUGGAUUGAAGCGCUAUUUUCUCUGGCACAAAUCGAUAUCGUACCGGAGAAAGUGUCAGUGCUGAAGAGUGUGUUCGCCCCAUACACAAUUUUAUGCCAGGCGGCACGAACUGCACAGCUGUCACGUGACGUUGAUGUGAUCUGCCUGUGUAAUCGGACAACUAUUCCAAGACAACCACCACGUCACCUCCUUGAGACGAAUCUCCUUGCAAACAAUCUCGUUCCACGAAUUCUCGACGAUCUUGUGGCGCCGAUGCGAAAAUUAUCAUUGAAUGAAGCAGAGAUAGUGGUUCUGUCCGCAUUGGUGAUUCUAGAUCCAGAUUCGCCUGGACUCUCGGAAUCGUCAUCACUUGCGCUCAGCCAGCUUCGUGACAGAGUUCAGAACGCCUUGUUCCAGCUGAUUCGUGAGAACUCGUCCGCGUUACACUGUGUGACGAGCCGCUUCGGGAAUAUUUUACUACUUCUUCCGCCGUUAGCGAAAUUGAGCUCACUUGUCGGUGAAAAUGUGCAAUUUGCACGUAUGUUCGGUGGCUCACUUGACCCAUUGCUCGUCGAACUGUUCGCCGAUAAUACCUCAGAGGUGAUUCCAUCUCCAUGUAGUAGGGAAAGAACAGAUGUAUCCACCCAAACCUAUCCAUCCACGUCACCGGUCUUACCGUCAGACCUGGGCGAGAUGCACGAAGAGAUUCCAGCAUGUACUGAACCAACUCGUCCAGCUCCUGUACUGCCUACAGUGAACACUCCGAUGUCAUACAAUCCGUUCUAUUUCCCCGGACAACAGUUCCAAAUGCAACAGGCAGUCAGCUACGCAUCAUCUCAGAACUACUCGCAACCGUCAUCAUUCUUUGAUUCAACUUCAGCGCCAACACAGUUCCGAUUCAUGUGA